AAGUGCUACUUUAGCAACCCGGGAUAACCGCAAGUGCAAGUGCUAAGUUAGCACAAUCGGAAUAACCGCAAGUGCAAGUGCUACUUUAGCAACCCGGGAUAACCGCAAGUGCAAGUGCUAAGUUAGCACAACCGCAGAAUAACUACAAGUGCAAGUGCUACUUUAGCAACCCGGAGUAACCACAAGUGCAAGUGCUAAGUUAGCACAACCGCGGAAUAACUACAAGUGCAAGUGUUACUUUAGAAAAAACCGGAAUAACUGCAAGUGCAAGUGCUAGCACAACACCGGAAAAACGCAAGUGCAAGUGCUAGUUUAGCACGAUCCCGGAAUAAUACAAGUGCAAGGUGCUAAGUUUAGCACAAACCGGAAUACCCCAAAAGCAGUGAUAAAAUAAUAAAGGUAUCCAAAAGACCAAGGUAAGGUCUCAACGAAGGUUGGACACGAACAUCGUUGGGGACGACCCGGUGAACCAAUCGCUAUGAGGACCAAGUUAGGUUGGCUGAUCUACGGAAAGCUAUCCACGAACUCAUCAGCUGAACACACAAUGGUGCUUCAACACGAAGCGGAAGGAUUGAGGAAGUUAAUGGAUAACUAUUUUUCAACCGAGGAUUUUGGAGUUAAACCUAUCAACGAAUUACCGCAAUCAUCGGAAGAUAAACGAGCCUUAACAACUCUGAACGAAACGCUAAAAUACAGGGAUGGCAGGUACGAAGUUGGAUUAUUAUGGCGGUAUGACAACCAUAAAUUUCCAGACAGUUUCGAGAUGGCUAUGAAAAGAUUAAGGAGUCUGGAGAAUAAAUUGAAGACGAACAUCGAAUUGGAGAGAUGGGCUAUUGAAACAAUGUCAGAUUAUGUUAAAAAGGGUUACGCCAGGAAGCUCACUGCGGCGGAAUUAAUGGAAGACGUGGACAAGAUAUUUUACCUACCACACUUCAUUAUAAUUAAUCAAAACAAGAACCCACCGAAACCAAGAUUGGUCUUCGAUGCAGCUGCAAAAAUUAAAGGUGAGUCCUUCAACUCAGCCUUAUUAUCAGGACCAGACAGCACGACGUCGCUGUUUGGAAUACUAAUCCGUUUCCGGGAAGGAAAAUACGCAGUCUGCGGGGACAUUAAAGAAAUGUUCCAUCAGGUAAAAAUAAGGAAAGAGGAUCAGAAUGCUCAAAGAUUCCUGUGGCGUGACUGCAAGCAAGACAGAUGUGCUGAAAUAUAUGUCAUGGAGGACAAAUAUCCAUUGGCACACGAUCCGAUAUUAAACCAGCACUACGUCGACGACUAUGAAGAUAGUUUUAACUCGCUUCAAAAGGCAAUAGACACAACCGAGCAGGAAAUACACAAGGAAACGUCAGAGUGGGACAACCCUAUCUCUGACAUAACCUUCGAGCUGUGGGAACGUUGGCUGGAACUGGUGCAAACGACCAGUAUAGUUAGAAUCCGAGAUGGAUAUUAA